AUGCCAGGGAUGCUUGGUAGCAUCGAUUGUACACAUGUUGAGUGGUUAAAUUGUCCUAGACACUUGAAAGGACAAUAUACGAGAGACGACCAUGGCGUUCCCACUAUUAUGCUUGAGAUAACCGCUUCUCAAGAUAUGUGGAUUUGGCAUGCUUAUUUUGGUGCUCCCAGUUCAAACAACGACAUCAACAUGUUGAACCAAUCCGACUUGUAUCUUACGGAGCGAAAUGGCACGACACCGAACACAGGUUUUUAUGUUAACAACCGCUUUUACAAACGCGGUUAUUAUCUAACCGAUAACAUCUACAACAAGUACUCGGCGUUUGUAAUAGCGUACCCGUAUCCUACUGACCCGAAGGAGAAAAGAUUCAAGAAGUUACAAGAGGGGGCGAUGAAAGAUGUGGAGCGUGCUUUUGGGUUUCUAAAAGCAAAAUGGAAGAUUCUUAGACGCCCUCUCCGACCCAUGAUCAAAGACAAGAUUGGGUAG